CUUAUAUCUGUAGUUACUGCAUUCUGUGCAGGAUGUUUUGCGUGUGAAUAUAACGUCAGACGCAUCUGACUUUAGAAAGUUUAAUUAAAUAAGAAUAAUUGUCUAUAUGGAUUUUUGUUUGCUAUUAUUCGUGUAAGCUUAAAAUAUGCCGACGUGUCAAAAUGGCUGAUCUUAACAAAGAAUUGAAUGAGUAUCUUCUUAGUAGUAAAAAUGAGAAACAGUUUAAAAUUACUGUACCUUCGGUAGCGAUACCAAAAGCGAACAUUGGAAAAUGGUUCGGAAGAAGUGGAAAUGAAGAUAAAGAAGAUUUAGGAUGGGUACAAGGAGCACAAAAAGAAUGUUGUCCGACUAUGACAAGAAUUCAGAGGCUAAUAGCAUUUGUUGUAUGUUUUUCCUUGGGUAUACUUUGUUUCUGUCUAUCUGCAGUUUAUAUUCCAGUUUUACUACUUAAAGCAAGAAAGUUUGCACUCCUGUAUACAUUAGGAAGUGCUUUCUUUUUGGCUAGCUUUUGCUUCCUCCUGGGUCCGUUAAGUUACCUAAAAUCGUUAUUCACUGCUGAAAGAAGAUGUUUUAGUAUGUCGUACUUAGUGACACUGAUAGGAACACUUUAUUUUGCUCUACAUUUACAGUCUACCCCAUUAACAGUACUUUGUGCUGUUUUACAAUUAAUAGCCAUGUUGUCAUUCUUGGUAAGUCAUAUACCUGGUGGAACUAAAGGUCUAAUGUUCUUUACAAGAAUGUUCAAAUCUUCAGUUAAUUCUACUUUGCCUGUAUGAUAUAAAUAUUUAGUUAUCAAAUACAUAUAUAUGAAAUCAA